AAGAGAUAAAUGAUAAAAUAAGACUGAAUUUAUAUGUGUUGAAUAUCAUUUUGCUAGCCAUCGUCGUUCCGUUUGCUCGUUUCUCAUCGUUUUGUUCUGUCGUUGUCGUCGUCUACUACUCACUCUCUACCGUCUGUCUUGUUAAAAGUUUGACCCUCUAACUAAAACUAAAACACAAACUAACUAUAUAAAACUAUUACAAAUUAAUUAGAAUUACCUAUCUACUACAAUUAUAUAUCGAAAGUGCAAAUGAAAAUAUUCUCACAAAAAUGCAAUAUCACAAAAAUUGAAAAUUAUACAUAUUCUCAAAAAAACUGAGUCGAGUGGAACUGUGAGUUCUCUGCUGUGCUGUGAAGGAAUUCUUUUUCUCUUUUUUCUAUUCAAUUCAUGAUAAAAUUAUAACUGAAUUUGCUCCUAAACUUUUUUUUUUAUGAAUCAGUGCGUAAUUCACGCCGUGCAAAUUAAUGAACGAAAAAAAUCUCUGUAAAUUACGAAAAUAAAAUAAAAAAAAAAACUAAAGAACCAAAGAAUGAAUGUGGAUCAUGCGCAAGUGCGAUAAUAGGCUUCGUCGUCGUAUACUCGUUGCCGUAUCCGGAGGAUCACUUGUUGAACGCCUUUUCUUGUUCCUCUCGUUUUUUUUUUACACUUUUCUUUCGAUUUGUGUUUGUUUUUUUUUUUUUUUUUUACUAUACACCGACACGAUCGAUUCUAUCCAUGAAUGAAUUGAAGAGGAAGUAAUUUUUUUUUCUUCUUACCUACAAACCGACAUACAUACAUAUCUCUACUCUACACAUAAAUAAAUAAUACUGUUUGUUUGUUGGUUCGAGAGAAAUAAUAGUAAAAGAGAGAGCCGAGCGCCAUUCAGCUAAACUAUAAACUAAAGAGCCGCCAUAGAUUUUCGUUGUCUUUUCCUACGAUCACGUCCUUGUCGUUGUCGCCCCCCUGUCGACAUUCAUCGUCGUCUCCAUUUCCCAUCAUCAUCACAUCGGGGGAAAAACUUGAAGAAGCUGAGCUGAUAUAUCCAUUGAGAGCGAGAGCGAAAGAGAACCCCAUAGCGAGUAUCUCUUCAUACCUAUAUAUGAUAUUAUGAAAUUUUAAUUUCAAAUUUUUUGCAUCGAUGAUCAAUCAAAUCAAUCAAUCUACUACUUCUAAUUGUUUACUGUUUACAUUAAAAAUAGUAAUAAAUGGGCAAAACGUAUAAAUACACUUUACUACUAUCUUUCGUAAUAUCUGUACAUACGCACCACAUACACUGAAAAAAAACUAAUCUUAAAUAUAUAAGAUUUUUUUGAUAUCACACAAAAUCAAAAUUUAAAUAUAAAAAAAAAAAAUGCGAUUGAAAAAGAAUCGAAAAGUUACAUUUCUACCGAAUUUUGUUCAGGGUAAAAAUGUAUUCAUUAAAGAAGAACACCAUCAUCAUCAUCAUCAAGAUCAAUCAACAACAAAUGAAGAUGGUUCAUCAACUUUGCGAAGCCUAUCCGAUCUAUCUGAUCAUGAAACAUCUUUGGAUGUCCCUGCACAAAUACCACCCUUUACACCGGGUACCAAUAAAAAAGUAGCUGAAGUUUUAAAAGCUUCAUUUGCUUCAUGGGAGAAGGAAGUACAAAAUUGUAAUAUCACCAAAGAUCCACGCGAAUGGACUGAAGAUCAUGUGAUUUAUUGGUUAAAUUGGGCAACUAAAGAAUUCUCAUUGGAAUCAAUGAAUAUACAGCCUUUUUUAAAAAUGACUGGUCGGGCAAUGGUUGCAUUGGGAAGGGAGAGGUUUCUUGCUAUUGCACCUCCGUUUACGGGAGAUAUAUUGUGGGAACAUUUAGAGAUAUUGCAAAAAGAUUGUGAAGAUGGUGCUGGAGCUUUAUAUAAUAUGACAACAACAACAACAACAAGUGGUGUUGGUGUUGGAGGAUCAUCAACGAUCUGUGGAUCAGAUCAACAAAUAGCUAAUUAUUUAGGUAAUAAUAAUAAUCAAAGAUUAACCGCACAUGAUUACUCUUCUAGUGAUAAUAGCAGUUUUCAUUCAAAUUCACAUGGUGGCGGCGGUGGGGGAACGGUGAUUGGGGGUGGUGGAGCAUCUGUGACGUCGCAUAGCGGCACUCCACCACCAUCAUCAGUUGGAGUUCCACCAUCAACGUCGUCGUCACAUAAUCCCACACAACAAAUGUCACAACAACAACAACAACAACAAAUAUCCCAGUCAGAGAGAGUGAGUCUAGGAAUUCAUUCACAAAUUGGCUCACAUACUCCUCAACCCAACCACCAACAACAACAGCAACAACAACACCAUCAAGUUGCUGCACAUAAUAAUAACAAUAACAAUACGACAAGUAGUAGUAACAGUAGCAAUAGCAGUGGAUCGACAAUAGUAACUCAUGGAGAUACACGAAAUUGUCCUGCUGACUACUCUCACAACAACAAUUCAGCUGCUCUUAAUCUGAGUUAUAUGCAUAUGGCUAUGAAUUCUGGAGGAGGUGGGAGUAAUUCUGGUGCUCCAUUAUAUCAACAUAUCAAAGAAGAACCUGGUCUCAGUAACAAUGAUGGUGGUUUCCAUGACCAAACGAUGAUGGAUCAUCAUCAGCAGCAUCAUCAUCCACAUCAUGCGCCCCCGCCAUCAUAUCAAAUGGAUACAGGUGGUGGAGGGGGUGGAGGUGGAGGAGGAUCAGCAUCAUCUCAUGCACCUGGACCUGAUUAUUAUUCGGGUAUACUUGGUGAGCAUAAAUAUAAUCCAUAUGCAAGACCACGAUAUCAUGAUAAUUACCCGCCACCGGAUUUUGUAUCCUACCAUCAACCGCCUCCGCCACCGUCAGCGUUUCAAAGUAAUCAUCAUGCGCAGUCUCAAUCUCAUCAGCCGAAUCUUGGACCAGAUUCAUGGAGUCCGCAUAAUUUAGCGGCUUAUAUGAGUUCGAUGGGGCUAGAAAAAGGUCUUGGUGGAGGUGGUUAUCCAACAGCUCCAGGUGGAGUACCUUGUUUUACUGGAUCGGGGCCAAUUCAACUGUGGCAGUUCUUACUUGAACUGUUAAUGGAUAAAACCUGCCAAAGUUUCAUAUCAUGGACUGGUGAUGGAUGGGAAUUCAAGCUAACCGAUCCGGAUGAGGUUGCUCGAAGAUGGGGCAUUAGAAAGAAUAAACCAAAAAUGAAUUACGAAAAAUUGAGUCGUGGUUUGCGGUACUAUUAUGAUAAGAAUAUUAUUCAUAAGACGGCAGGGAAAAGAUAUGUCUAUCGAUUUGUAGGUGAUUUACAGAAUCUUAUUGGUUUAUCACCUGAAGAAUUGUGUGCUAAAUAUGAUCUUAAAACAGAUAAUAAUAAUGAUGAUUGAUUCAUUGAGAGAGAGAGGGAGGAGAAAGAAGAAGCUACUCGUAAAAAAAGCUGUAUAGAAUUUAAAAAGAAAGAAAAAAUUACAAAAAAAAAAAAAUAAAAAUUGUGCACAAAAUGUUAUCCCAAAAUAUCUAUUAUUAAUUUUUGACAAAAAAUACUAAGUA